AUGUUUUAUAGAUAUUUAUCAGUUGGUCAUAUUAUGUAUUUUUUCUUAAAUAUUCAAAAGAUUAUUACAGAUACAAAUGGAUUUAUUUGUCCUAAAGAUGGUCGUUGGCCGCAUCCAGCUGAUUGUGAAAAAUUUUAUACUUGUAAUGCAGGAAUGGGUGUCGAGGCUUGGUGUGGCAAUGGUAUGACAUACGAUAGUCAACAUCAGCGUUGUGAUUUAUCAAGAAAUAUCGAUUGUAAUAAUGGUGAAAGACCUAAACGUAUACUAUAUUCAGAAUUACAAACUGAAAUUGUAACAGAACCUAUUGUUAUAUCAACUACACCUAGCUUAUCUCAAAAUGGCAUAGAACCAAACAAAAACGAUAAGGCAACAAUUGGAUUAACAACUCUUCUAUCAAAUAAAUUAGUUUAUAGUAGAAUGUUAUCACCAAUCUAUGGUUUGAUUGAACAUAGCCCAUGCCUGUUUCAAGGAAAUAAACCCGAUCAAUAUAAUUGUCAAUCUUAUUUUAUAUGUAAAGAUGAAGUUGUAACACGUGUACAAUGCCCUGAUAAACAUUUAUUUGAUGAAUAUCUUAAUUCGUGUAAUGAUUAUAGAAAGGUCUUCUGUGGAAAUCGACCGAUAGAUAUAGGCAGCAAUGAUCCAUGUUCGGGUCAACCGAAUGGUUGGUAUGCUGAUUAUGGAAAUCAAUGUCGUUCAUAUUAUUUAUGUACAGAACAACGUAAAGCUAAAAUGGAUGAAUGUCCUAUUGGAUCAAGAUGGAAUCCGCAUGGACUUCGAUGCGAUGACCCAAGAUAUAUUGCUACGCCUUGUGGAUACCGGAGUAAUAAUAAUGAUGCCUCUUUAUUAGGUCAUCAUCAUCAUUAUUCGACUAUAUUCAUGACUAUUUCUUUUUUCUUGUUAAGAGUCUAA